ACUGCAAAGUGCAUCUCGGGGUCCAUUUGCGUCGCGUUGCAGCUUUAACCGGUCCAUCAUGCCUUGCGGUGUCCCAGUUCAGUUCCGAUGCAAUUUACAACGCGCCCUGUGGUCUUCCCACACUGGCGGGGCAGAGCAGCGGGCUAACAGGCGCAGCGGCAGAUGUUGAGAGCCCCAUGUCGGAUGUCCAAUAACCGGCUGGACGCAUGUUUACAUCCACACGGGUGAUACAGGCGGGGGACGUGCGCACACCGUUAACUCUAAUGCAGGCUCGGAUCAGCGCGGAAUAAACAGGAUCUCCCGCAUGUAACCCGCAGAACAAGCAGCUGAAAGUACUGGAUUUUUUUUUAUCCCAGAGAGAAACACUGAGGCUACAGCACAACUGCAGAGUUUAAAUGCUCUUGCACACAGUGAUCCAAUGCUGAAUACAGGGAUGGACAGUUAAACGUUAUUAGCACCCCCUUGUGGUGUGGAGGAAUGAGGGCCUCUGGAUGAAGGCCAUGGAGCUGAAAGUUUGGGUGGACGGAGUGCAGCGCAUCGUGUGCGGCGUCACAGAGUUCACCACAUGCCAGGAAGUGGUCAUUGCUUUGGCACAAGCCAUUGGACGCACUGGCAGGUACACCCUGAUCGAGAAGUGGCGGGAGACAGAACGUCACCUGGCACCGCAUGAGAACCCUGUGGUGUCUCUCAACAAGUGGGGUCAGUAUGCCAGCGACGUCCAGCUCAUCCUCCAGCGAACCGGCCCGUCUGUUAGCGAGCGGCCCACCUCUGACGGGCAGGAUCGCGUCCCAGAGCGAGGCUUCUUCCGGCAGAGCCUGCCACCUCUGGCCAAGCUCCGCCCGUCGGGGACAGACCGCUCGCUCAAACGAAGGGAACCCAAACGCAAGUCUCUGACCUUCACUGGGGGGGCCAGGGGUCUGCGGGACAUAUUUGGGAAAGGCAGAGAUGCUGAAGCCAAACAGCCCCAGCAGCGGGGGGUGAGUCUGAACCUGAGCAGGGUUGGAGGUGUUGGAGUAGCAUCUGUAGCUGGGAGUCCAGCCAGAGAGCUGAGCCGGUUGGUGCAGCUGCAGAGAGACAAACUCCAGGCCCUGGAGAGCCGUCUGCUGGGCUGCGAGGCCGAGCUGCAAGACUGGGAGGAGGCCGUCGGCGAGGUCGAUGAAGGAGGAAACUUGGAGGAGGACCUGCUGCUUUUCGAGCAGCAGGUGAGGAGGAACGAUGCAGAGAUGGAGGAGGAGGAAUUCUGGCAGAACGAACUGCAGAUUGAGCGCGAGAGCGAGCGGCAACUCCGGCAACAGCUAGUCGAGCUGCAGGGCCGCGUACGCGAUUGCGAGGCCAAGCUCUCAGAGUACUUGGCACACAUAGAGAGCAUGGAGGGAGGCCUGGAGCAGGAGCAGCAGGAGGCUGAGCUCAACCAGAGGGUCAAUGAGGAGGAAGUACGAUCUAGUCUGUUUUGGUCUCCAAGUAAACACCCAACAGAAUUCAAGCAGAGAGCGGUGCGAUCCCAGCUGGAGAAAGUGAGGGCAGAGCUUGAAACGCAGAGCCAACACACGGCUCGGCUGGAGAGCAGCUGCAGGGCGUUGGAACGCUCACUUGGCCAGUCCGGCAAGAGAUUACAGGAGAAGGAGCAGGAGCUGGAGCAGCUGACUAAAGAGCUACGACAGGUCAACCUGCAGCAGUUCAUUCAGCAGACUGGUACCAAGGUCACCGUGUUGCCUGCUCAACCUACAGGAGAAAACAACAAUGAAGUGGACUCUGGUUCUCUGAAACGACUUGGCUCUUCUCGGCUUUUACCCAGCGACCUUCGCACCCUUCAAAGCGCCGCGACCUCCAGCCUCAACCCUGAAGGCAUCUACGUUUGACCCCAAUUUGUGUGGGAGACAUUAUUUGAGCAGCAGGGUCGGCCUGUUGUCAAUCAAAUUCUUCUGACUGAAAGACUCCCCAAACUGUUGAAAUGCUCUUGAGCAAGGCACUGAAACAAAGUAUGGAGGAUGAGUGGGGGUACAGUUCUCACAUCUGUUUUGCACCUUUCUUGCUCUGCUUCCUCUUCCGUCUUACUAGGACUGAGAAUCAAACUGAUGUCAAAAUCCAUUUGCAAACUAAUAUUCAAACCGUCUGUACUCCGGUAGGUGAGGGAAGAUUCCUCUUACAACUCUAAACUUCCAUUUUCUCAGAAUAACAAAAACAACUACAAGCCAGCAGAUGUAUUUUUGUUGCCGAAGGAGGCUUCAGCCAAACAGAUACACUUUAUUUUUUAUGUUGUAAAUCAUGAAGUGAAGGAUGCAAAGUUUGGACAUGUAUAAACAUAAUCCAUGCACGAGCAUGCACAAACACCACACCUGUGCUAUAACCAUAGCCAUAUCUUAUUGCCUUACUCUGGCGUUUUAAAACCAGAUGUCUAUAAUGUUAAAAUAGAACUCAAGGUAGCUACUAAACUAUGCGCCAUAGAAAUUUGAUAAAAUACUCGGCACCAAUUCAGGUGAUACCUAGUCAUGGUAACUGAUGUCAGUGUAACUCAACAGUGUCUCAAUCUUUUUUUUCCCAUAUUUUGAUAUUUGUUAUGAACAGGAAUGCAUUUGCUUUAUAUUUCCUGUUUGACAAAAAUGUAAAAAAUGUUUGCCUAUCAUAUAAAACAAAUGAUAGAGGAGAAAAUAAUGGAGGAACAUCUUCAACUAUUGGGACAUUUCUGGUGAAAUAGUUUGGCUCCAGGUUCAGUUUUAUGUCAUAUUUGGUGCAGAGCCAUUAAUCUCCUCUUUGUUUCACUUGAGCACUUUCUCCAAAAGCUCUGAAAUAUGAAAGAAGCGAUGAGGAUGAGUGAUGACAGAGGCCUUUGUGCCUGCAGUGUAAAUCCAGUGUGGAAAGUUCUUUUUUUUAACAAUGACUUCAUACUCAGUUUGACCACCAGGUGGCGACAAAACAUCUAUUAUUCAGACGCGUGAAAGUUAACUGUGAAAGUUGCCUGAGGUCUGAUGUUACCUGUCUCUAUUCAUUGUCAUGGGUCAAACAUGACUGGAUAUUGUUUUUGUUUCAAAGCUUCAGCACUUUAGCCUAAUAGUUUAUAAUCUGAAGUGCCACUUGGAUUGUUUGACAUAUUUCACUGUGUUCAUCAAGCAUGCACACACACUUCUCAAAGCAGUAUUACACCCACACACUGCAAUCUCUUGUUCCAUCUGAUUUUUAUAAUGAACUAAAGAUGUCUAUUAUGAACCAAAGCCAGUGUGAAAAUCUAUAAUAGUUAGAUGAAUGUACUUUUUUAUGUCAAUGCAACUUAUAUCCGUGAAAUAUACCAACUCGAGUCCAAUAGUAGACACGCUUUCAGGUUUCAUGGUUUGCUGUGCCAGAUGGUUGAGCUCUGUCUUGUUGCAACAGGCUAAAACAAAAAAUACACAAGUCUGGUUGUUACCAAAUUUGCCCAUUUUUUAUUUGAUGAUUUGUCAACACAGAAUAAAAGGAUAUUUCUCAGAGGAUUUCUACGAUGGAACUGACACAAACUGUGUUGGAAUGUAUGUUCUAAUAAGGGUCCAUACGCUUUUGAACUUGAAACAAUUUCAAUGUUUGUGGAUGUCAAACCUGUGAAAAGAAAGUCUCAAAAUGAUGACUGUAGAAAAGAUUUGCGGAUGUGAGAAUGUCUAAAUAGUAAAUGCACACAAAUGCCUUUUGGUCCUACUGUGGGCUGUAAGAACGCCGCUAAAAUUCAUACUUGUAACUUAGAUCUGGGUGUGCAUGUGUAACUUUAGUGCCGAAAACACUGUGGGAAUUUAGAGUGCUGAGUUUCACACGCAGCUUUCUGAUUUGCAUCUGUGCUCAAAUAUUCACAAGCAGUUCUCUUGUUUCAGAGUUUGUGCAGCCUCAUCUAUAAAGUGAUGCGUUUGUUAAUUGAUGUAAUAUAAGGAGUACUUUUCCACUGAUACUUAAAGUAUAUAUUCUGAUGCUAAUACCUUACCACUUCUGCAAUACGGUGGUAAUUCUACUUUUUUAGAGUAAAUUACUUCCUCAACCACUGACAGAUUUUUUUGUACACAUUGGCGUCGUCUUCAAAAUCUACAAUCAUUUUUUACCAACUUCCAUUUCUCACAGGUUCACAGAGCGCGAUACACAACCACAAGCUUUGAAAUCAUUUCACCAGCUCGAUAUCUUAUUGACCCUCACUUGAGCCCACAGGAAGAGACUCGUGUUUGUGCCGUGAGCGAUAACAAAGUGAAUUCCUCCCUCCGGUGUGACGGAUCUUUGUUGUUUGCUCUGCGGUGCAAAAGGUAACCGGAGGAAUUCACGUCACAACUUUUGCAAACUAUUCCCAGAAAUGAACAAAAAGUUUUCUUUUCUCGCCUCCGCCUCCCUUAGUAUGCAGCAUUAUUGUCAUGACAACAAUCUCAGCUGUAGAGACUGUAACCCGCUAAUAAAGGAAUCACAGUUGACUGAA